AUGGCUGAUAUAUCACCGUCUGCAGAUUCAACUUCAUCGGUAGAUUAUGAUCACUAUGGAAUUGUUUCUACUUCCAGGUCCACUAUCAGUUUAGGAUUUGAUCGAGCAUAUACAUUGGUUGGUCUCACUAACACAGAAUAUCUCUUCCUUGGAAUCUCCAUCUUAAAUAUAUUUGCAGUCCUAGGAUUAACGAUUUAUCAGCUGGUAAAUGUUAUUGAAGUUAAAAAUUACUUUGAAAUAAUCUUCACAGUCUUGAUCAUCUUUAAUGCAGCCUGCUGCCUGUUCUAUACUAUUCAUGGCCUACUACAAGAACGACCCUAUGAACUCUAUGCCCUAAUUUCCACACUCAUCAUCAUUCUCUUACAUUUCAUUGUUCAGUUUGCUGUGACCACAGAUCACUCACCAGUCAAAUUGGCCAGACUGAUUGCUGCUUGUAUUUUUGUUCCUUUGAAUUUAUUUCUGAUGGUCUUAGUGGUGCAAAACUUUGGUUGGCUAGAACUCAAAAUAGUUGGAGCCUCAGAAGCAUUACAACAAAUGUACAGACAAACUACCAAAUUUUCAACUUUACUCAAAUUUGAUUUUCAAAUAACAAUGAGUUUUGCUAUCUUAUUUAUGAAACUAAAAUUUGACCAAUCACUGACCUUUACCAAAGCUGAAUUAAUAAUCAUUUCACUUGCUGUUGCUUUUUCCAUGGCUUGGGAUAUGCUUGGAUAUGUCAUGAUGUGGAAAGAAGUAACAAUUGGAGCAUUUGUAUUUCUGUUUUCCGGAAUGGUAAAACCAGGAUUUUAUUUAUACAAAAUUAUCACACUUUACCAAGUUUUACCAUUAUCAUCAACUAAAUCCAGCCUGUAUAUUAUCUACACAAUGUUAACAGCUGCUGCUGUGGCACUGAUUGUUUGGUUAUUUCUCAUGGUUGAGUUCUACUUUGUUUAUCAGAACUUUGGCAAAGGCCUCAGAGAACAUGCUUACAAUCUGACAAACUCAGAGACCACAGGACUUCUCUCCAACCAGAAAUUCAACAGAAGGUCAAGGCGACAGAAGCAAAACACAGAACGAAGUUAUUUUGUUGUGCAGUGUUAA